CUCUUUCGCUGGCCACAUUAUGGAAAGUUCAUUAUGGAAGAAAUGUUGAUAAUUAAAGUUUACAACUGCAGUAAGGUGUUCAGUAACAGAUUACUUGGCACCUUAGUUAUCAGCCUUCAGCAGUUGGUAAUGUCUGGACGACUGAACAUCAGAGAGGCUCUUGUUGACAAAAACCACAGCAUUACUAGGAUAUAUAUUGAAUUGGAUUUGAGAUAUCAACCUCCGGAUGGUGCUGCAGGGACAUGGGUUGAGGAAGAUUUUAUCUACCAGAUGAAAGACAGUUCUGAGGUUAUAAUUCGCAAUGCAGGAUUUGAAGAAUUAGAGUAAGUAGCAUAUUCUACAUACAUGCUACUAGCCUGAUACAGUAUAUUAUUGCUGUAACAAGUAUAUGAAAAUGUUUACAGCUCAUGUGAUGGUGCAAUAUUC